AGGAGGGGACAGAAGGUGUACAGAAACUCUGCAGUAACGCACCUGUAAAGCUGUGAGCUGCUGUGAGAUAACUUUAGUAGCUGGUGAACUAAAAGACUCGGAGGUUGAUCUGCUGCAGGGACGUUAAGGGCAACUUGUUUAUAAAGUUGUGACAAGUGAGACUAAGACAAAUAUCAUGUGUGUAUCUCGGCUGGUUUUGCUGCUGGGGCUGCUUCUUUGUGUCGGGGCUCAGCUGUCCUACGCUCAACACUGGUCUCAUGGUUGGUACCCCGGAGGCAAGAGGGAGCUAGACUCCUUCAGCACAUCAGAGAUUUCAGAGGAGAUUAAGCUUUGUGAGGCAGGAGAAUGCAGCUACCUGAGGCCCCAGAGGAGGAGUGUCCUGAGAAACAUUCUUUUGGAUGCCUUGGCCAGAGAGCUCCAGAAGAGAAAGUGACGGAUUUCCGUCUCACUCUGCUUUUCUACCUGGUGACACUUUUAUUCUGCAUCUUUGUCUAUAUGUGAUUCUGUGAUCCUCUGGUCUUAUUAUUUGUUUUAUUUGUUGUUCAGCAUUGCAGUGCUGUUCCUUGUGGAAAAAUGUGGAAAUUGCAAUGUCCCAGAAUAAAGUAUCUAUUUUGAUAUGAA